AUGCCUAAGCUAGUUCUUGUCAGACACGGUCAAUCCGAAUGGAACGAAAAAAACCUUUUCACCGGAUGGGUGGACGUUAGAUUGUCCGCUGUUGGUGAAAAAGAAGCUGCGCGUGCCGGUGAACUUUUGAAGGAAAAGAACGUCAACCCUGACAUUUUGUUCACCUCUAAGUUGUCCAGAGCCAUUCAAACUGCCAACAUCGCUUUGAGCUCUGCCGACAGACUAUGGAUCCCAACUGUCAGAUCGUGGAGACUAAACGAAAGACACUACGGUGCUUUGCAGGGUAAGGACAAGGCUGCUACUUUGGCCGAAUACGGUGAAGAACAAUUCAACACCUGGAGAAGAUCGUUCGACGUUCCUCCUCCACCAAUCGAGGACAAGUCUGAAUUCUCGCAAAAGGACGACGAAAGAUACAAGGACGUCGACCCAAGUGCCAUCCCAGCCACCGAGUCUCUAUCGAUUGUCAUCGAAAGAUUGUUGCCAUACUGGCAAGACACCAUCUCCAAGGAGUUGUUGGAAGGCAAGACCGUUAUGAUCGCCGCCCACGGUAACUCUUUGAGAGCCUUGGUCAAGCACUUGGAAGGCAUCUCGGACGCCGACAUUGCCAAGUUGAACAUCCCUACCGGUAUCCCACUGGUGUUCGAGUUGGACGACAACUUGAAGCCAACCAAGCCUUCUUACUACUUGGACCCAGAAGCCGCUGCUGCUGGUGCCGCUGCCGUUGCUUCUCAGGGCCAGAAGAAAUAG